CUCGCAAUCCAUUCCUUUUCAUCUCAUUCACGAUGACGGCGGCAUAUCCGACUCCAGAAGAGACAGCCGUUGUAGCGGCAGCGGAAAGACUCAUGACAGAGACGAUGGCAAGAUACGAUCCGUCUCAUGACGCGUACCACGUCCAGCGCGUCAGAAAGACGGCGCUGAAGCUUGCGCGUGCAGUACCCGCUAGUUUGCCUCAAGAUAAGCAGCCCGACUUCUUAACUAUUGAGGUCGCGGCUCUCCUGCACGACGUCCUCGACAAGAAGUAUGUAUCGGCGGAGCAAGCUGCGGACCCUUACGCGUUUUUCGUACCGUUCUUUGAGAAGGUUGCGUCAGAAAGCGGGUUGGACCUCAUCAAGGACGGCCGUGCGCGUGUCAUAGCGCGUAUAGUCGACAAUGUUUCCUGGAGCACUGAGAAGAAGAGGCUUGCAGCUGGUCAGGUAGAAGAUUGGCACAGACAAUGUGUCGAGCUCCACUGUGUACAAGAUGCCGAUCGUCUAGAUGCGAUUGGUGCAUUCGGGAUUUUGCGGUGUGCGGCGUAUAGUGCGGCUACGAAUCACACGUUGCACGUCCCCAGGGAUGACCCUGCGUACGAUGCUUCCGCCAUCGCUCACUUCUACGAUAAGCUGCUGCAUAUCCGUGAGCGGUUGAAGACUGAGCCUGGUAAAAAGCUUGCGGAGAAGAGGCACCAGCUUAUGCUGGAGUUCUUGCAAGCUGUGGACGAGGAGUACGACGUGAACGCGUGAAGACACUGAUUAUGAUGGCCGUCAACCUGACGACGAAUUUGAUGUACGAACACUCAUUCGUUCGCGGAAAUCAC